GGAGAUCCUGGUGCCAUCCCACAUUUACAUCAAGCCUGUUCUGCCACUGGUGCAUGCUGGGAAAGUCAAGAGUUUUGUCUACAUCAGUGACGGUCUUUCAAAGUGCAUCACAAGAGUACUUCCCCCUGGCACAAGUGCCAGGCUGGAUGCCCACAAAUGGCCACUGGGGCCGGUGUUUGGAUGGAUGGCUGAGAUGGUGAGCAGGAUAAUUCUAGAAUAAAGAAAGGGUAGUGUCACCUACUGAUACAUUUUGCGGUAUUGGAUUCCUAUUCGUGUUACAAUAUAUUAUUUUAAAUAUUAUGGGGGGGAGGGGGGGUAUCUAAAUAUAAUCCGACCAGCUUUUGCUGUCAUCAAUAUUCUCCUGUUUUUUGAGCAAAAUUUGACUUGUACAUUAUCCCCCUUUUACCUUUAUUGACUUAAUUGAAAUUUUCCUAAAAUAUGUAAAUGUUAUAUGGUCAACACCAACCUUUUUGAAGAAAAAAAAUUUGAAACUGAGUCUCAAUAUUACAAUUAAUUUAUUUUUUGUUUUAUAAAAUUUAGUGUAUUUUUUUUGUUGAUAAUUUGUUUUUUUUCUUAUAUAUUUAAAAGACAAAGCUCUCGGCAGAAGACAUGGCCCAGUACAGCAGUUGUGGCAUAGCUGCAGUUUUGGUUGUAGGACAAAAAGAUGUUGAGUCAGUUGAAGUGGCACUGUCCAGUCUUCAGAUAGAUGUGAAAGAAAUAGGUCAAAUAGAGGAGACAACCGGUAAAUAACAAAGCAGGCUUUUUUUAAAAAGUUAAAAUACUACAACAAAUUGAACUCAUUCUUAAAUUCAUCAUUUAAAUUUGUUUCAAAGUUAAAAUUUUUGUGUGUUUAAGUGUUGGUUUAGGGUUGUGUAGAAAGACACCCCUUCAGAAGAUGUAUAGUUUAUCUCUUCCAUUUCAGGUGACACUAGAGGCGUUAUUGUUGAUGGUCUGCAGUCUGUUCUAGAGAAAGCCAAAUCUGUUGCCCGGCAACAUGCCCCUGAAAACUUUGGUUAGUUUCUUUUAUCUUCAACUCUCCUUUGGAAACAUUAGCAAACAACAAAAUUGAUCUUAGUCGAUAAAAUCUGGCUCAAAAUCUGAUUGUACAAACCAGUGAUUGGUAGAGCACUUUACUGCGAGCCAACUGAAUACAUAACACACACACUACACUCCCUUCACCACUACUAUGUUGGCCAGUCUGUCACAUAAAUAACACACACUCCCUUCACCAUUACCAUGUUGGCCAGUCUGUCUCAUAAAUAAUGCACACUCCAUUCCUCACUACCAUGUUGGCCAGUCUGUCACAUAAACAGAAAGAGCUGUAACAAAAUUAACAAUUGAGGGCUGAUUCUUUCAAACCCAUUAUUGGACAGGAAAUUACAAAAAGAAGAAAAAAUAUCCUUAAGCUGUGUAGGAAAGUUAAGCAAUUAAUUAAAGUAAAUUAAAUCUUUGGAAAAUACACUCAGUACCCAGGAUCCUAAAUAUACUUAGUACCCAGGAUCCUAAAUAUACUCAGUACCCAGGAUCCUAAAUAUACUCAGUACCCAGGAUCCUAAAUUUACUCAGUACCCAGGAUCCUAAAUAUACUCAGUACCCAGGAUCAUAAAUAUACUUAGUACCCAAGAUCCUGCUUCAAAUACAUUUGACAUACCAUGCAAACAGGAAAUAAGUUGAAGGUUUGAUGUCAAUCUUUGGUUUCAGUGAAGCAUCUUGAAUGUGCGCCUGACGUUCAGGGCAAGCUUCACAAGCCAGAUUUCUCAGCUGUUCUAGAUAUUGCCAAGAGGCCAGGGGCUGUCUUAAACAAAGAUGGGGGGCCUCCAACGUUCGACAUCGGUAGUUUAAACCUUGAGCAUCCUGUUCUUGUGUCUGGAACAGAUGGUGUGGGAACUAAACUGAAGGUAUCUAAAGGGUUACACAGUCAUUAAGUUAUUUAGGUUACUCAUGUUGGCAGUCUUUCUCCUAUUUGUGUUUAUGAGUAAGACAGCCAUUGGAGGGUACUGAUGGCAUGGGAACUGAACUGAAGGUAUCUGAAUUGUUAUGUGAGGUUAUUUGGCAGUCUUUCUACUAUCAUCUAUGUGUGGCUAGAAGAAAGACAUUAACUAGAUUUUUGUGUCCAUGCUUGAAGUGCUUGUUGACGAAUUCUGAUGUGAGUAGCCGUCGUUGGGGUAUAAGUGCUUCAAGUUUUAGUUAGACUAUCGCUGAAACUUUUGUGUAGGAAAAAGGUGAGUAAGAUAAUCCUUUUGUUGGCUGCUCCCCCCACCCCCUCCCUUUUCCACACAAACCACCACAACACCACCCAAUUUUGUACCCCUUGUGAUUAAGAAAGUGAACUCUUGACAUACAAAAUUUACAACCUGAGCAUCGGUUAUUAAAAAAUGUCUGGUUUCGAGUGCUAUUGAAACGGUUAUUCUUUUAUUGAUAGGAUAAAAUUCUUUUAUUGAUUGUACAUAAAGGAAUAUGACUCAGCACACAAAUCUAAGACAAAAUUUUAACAUAAAUGUAAACAAUUUAAUGAUUUUAAAAAAAAGUCAACAGUUUAAUGUAUGGAAUGCAAACAGAGUUUGAGUUUAUAUAAUCUCCACAAAAACGAUUGCAGAACAUGAAUUCAUGCAACUCUAAAGCAUAACGAUCGCAGCUUUGUGCGCAUCCACAUAUUUUCAACAUUCUGCGUGUGGACACCAGCAUCAUUUGGAUCAAAAGAAUUUUGUUGAUGCACAACAAUAGAGUGUUUGUAGAUUCUGUGUCUGAUCUGGUUUAUUUUUGCAUACCCCUCCCCUCAAUCUGAUACAAUACGUGAGCCUGCAUCUCUCUAUGCACUCCUGUAAUGUGAUCACAAAUUGGUCUGGGACUUCAAAAACAGUGAAAACAGUGCCCACUCUCUUUUGUUAUGCCACCAACAACCCAGUCACCCUUUCUCCUCUGUACUUUAACUAACGGGGAUCAAUAAGAAUAACUGUUUCAAUAGCACUUCAAACCCGAACAACACAAUUUUUUAUUAACGGAUGCUGAAGUGGUAGAUUACCCAAAAUUUCACUUAAGUAAGCAUGCAAAAGAAGUAUUUAUAUUUCGUUAGUGAACGAGGAUCUGAAAUCUAUUCAUGGACCCCAGAAGUGUCAUAGUUCAUCCACGUUAAGAACCCCUGCUUUAGAAAUGUUUAGGUAUUAAAACCUACAAUAUUUUCAGCUGAUAACUUUUAAAAUUGGAUGAAAUUUCAAUGGAAGUUUGUGUACCUGUGUCCAUCAUGUUUUAUGUUCUCAUCUCUUAGAUUGCCCAGGCCCUGAAUGAUCAUGGCGACAUAGGAGCAGAUCUUGUUGCCAUGUGUGUCAAUGACAUCUUGGCGAGUGGCGCUGACCCACUUUUCUUCACUUGCUACUUGGGAACUGGUCGG